UGGAAGACCAACCCUGAGGCGGGUCAAAUUGUGGGGACUGAGGUCAGGGCGAGGUGUCCUUGCUCAGCUGCAGGAAGGGGAACCCGCACAUUGCCCAGGCCUCCUGCAGGGUUCGAGGAGCGUCAGCGUCAGCGGGCCUCUGAGACAACAGCUCAUCAGGGUGAAGGGACCAAUGCCACCUCCCAGCUCGUUCUUUACAGCUUACCAAGGACCCCACCCCCUCUUAGGACUUCCCUUUGAGAGAUUUCCUGGGGGCACAGGAGGGAUUGUCAUAGCACUCCAGACCCUGCACUUGCCCCGUAGGGGCCACACAGACCACCCCCUUGGGAACAUGAUCAUCUCCCCUUCUCUGAGCUCGAAAGCCAAACAAAGGGCUCAGCUGCCUUAUGCUGGCACAGGGGCUCAGCCCUGGACAUAAGAUCCACCUGCGUGAGCUGGUUCACCCACAGUCAGCAGGGGAGAAGACAGGAACCUCAAGGCAGCUUAGGGAACUGGUGGCCUGAAGGUUUUCACCAACCACCCCCGCCCCCACACCACGUUAGGCCCUGGGCAGCCACCCUUGUGGGGCGUGGCUUUGGAAGGUAGCGCUGGCUGUUGGAUCCUUUGGGAUCUGUCCUUCAUGUGUAGUGUCGGAGAGCUGGAGGGCUGGUCCCCAGAGUUCCAAAGGCGAGGCUGCCAGUAGGGCGAAGCCAUUAUCUGUGUGUGUGCAGGGGAGGGGCAGGGCAAACGGAGGCUGGGCUUCUGUCUGUGACGAGCAGCUGCUGUGUGCCUGGGCUCGUCGUGGUGGUGGUAACACAGCCAGGUCAGAACAGCUCCUGUGGAAGCCAUCCCACCUCAGCCCCUGGAGGAGACCCUCCCCGCCAGUGGGUUGCCUAGCCUCUGGCAGGCUAUUGGGAAGCGUUGCUAACAGCCUGUACUGCUUUUCACUGGUGGGAAAGCAGCUUGUCUUUGGUGGGAAGAUCCUUUGGUUGGACUCUAGGGCUUUGCUUCAGGAUGGGGGCUCUAGGAUGUCUCCCAGGUACCCCAAAGACCUGGCCCGACAGUGAGCCUAGCUAGACCUUGCCCUUUUAUCCCCAGAAAGGCACAGUCCCCUUGCUUUACCAAGUCGAGAAAAGCCCAGUUAACUUUCUCGGGGGGAAUGACCUGGUCCUGACCCCCAUCUGCUAAGAGUACUGAUCCGUCUGAUUGAGACAUGAAAUAACAGAGAUGGUUGUCAGAGGCCAGUGUGCUCGGGGCAGGGACCUGGCAGGGCCACAUCACACCCUUCCAGGGAGGCUACCUGCAGUGAUGGAAGGGACACCACAAGGAGAUUCUGGAAUCCCACCUCCGCGGCAGUCUGGUUUGUUCUGAAGUCUCAAGUGGGUCCAGCGGGGCCUCCGUGAGCCUUCGUCCCCUCGUCUGCCAAAUGAAAGUCUUGGCCAAAGAAGAUUUCAAAGGUCUAACAUUCCAGCUCUCACCUUUUGCAAACCAGACCGCUGCUGACCCAGAGCACACUUGUACAGAUUGGAAAAGGCCCAUCUAUGCCUUUGUUUUCCGUGACCCUCCCUCACCGUGCAUACUGGGCACCCACCAUGAGAAAGGGGCACAGACCUUUUGGUCUGUUGUCAACCGGCUGCCCCUCUCUAGCAACGCUGUCCUCUGCUGGAAGUUCUGCCAUGUGUUUCACAAACUCCUCCGAGAUGGACAUCCAAACGUCCUGAAGGACUCCCUGAGAUACAAAAAUGAAUUGAGUGACAUGAGCAGGAUGUGGGGCCACCUGAGUGAGGGGUAUGGACAGCUCUGCAGCAUCUACCUCAGACUGCUAAGGACGAAGAUGGAAUAUCACACCAAAAAUCCCAGGUUCCCGGGCAACCUUCAGAUGAGCGACCGGCAGCUGGAUGAGGCUGGAGAGAGCGACGUUAACAACUUUUUCCAGUUAACAGUGGAGAUGUUUGACUACCUGGAGUGUGAACUUAACCUCUUCCAAACUGUGUUCAAUUCCCUGGACAUGUCCCGCUCUGUGUCCGUGACGACAGCCGGCCAGUGCCGCCUCGCGCCGCUGAUCCAGGUCAUAUUGGACUGCAGCCAUCUGUACGACUACACCGUCAAGCUCCUCUUCAAACUCCACUCCUGUCUCCCAGCCGACACCCUGCAAGGCCACCGGGACCGUUUCAUGGAGCAGUUCACGAAGUUGAAAGAUCUAUUCUACCGCUCCAGCAACCUCCAGUAUUUCAAGCGGCUCAUUCAGAUCCCUCAGCUGCCAGAGAACCCACCCAACUUCCUGCGGGCCUCUGCGCUGUCGGAACACAUCAGCCCUGUGGUGGUCAUCCCAGCCGAAGCCUCAUCCCCGGACAGCGAGCCCGUCUUGGAGAAGGAUGAUCUUGUGGACAUGGAUGCCUCCCAGCAGAAUUUAUUCGACAACAAGUUUGACGACAUCUUCGGCAGCUCGUUCAGCAGCGACCCUUUCAAUUUCAACAGUCAGAAUGGCGUGAACAAGGAUGAGAAGGAUCACCUAAUUGGUCAACUGUACAGAGACGUCAGUGAGCUAAAGGCACAACUGGAGAACAUGAAGACUGAGAGCCAGCGGGCUGUGCUGCAGCUGAAGGGCCGGGUCAGCGAGCUGGACGCCGAGCUGGCGGAACAGCGGCAUCUGCGGCAGCAGGCGGCUGAUGACAGCGAGUUCCUCCGUGCCGAGCUGGACGAACUCAAGAAGAAGCGAGAAGACACGGAGAAGGCCCAGCGGAGCCUGACAGAGAUCGAAAGGAGAGCCCAAGCCAAUGAACAGCGGUACAGCAAGCUAAAGGAAAAGUACAGUGAGCUGGUGCAGAACCACGCUGACCUGCUGCGGAAGAAUGCAGAGGUGACCAAACAGGUGUCCGUGGCCAGGCAAGCCCAGGCGGAUUUGGAACGAGAGAAGAAAGAGCUAGAGGACUCUUUCCAGCGCAUAAGUGACCAGGCGCAGCGGAAGACUCAAGAACAGAUGGAAGUACUAGAGAGCUUGAAGCAAGAACUUGCCACCAGCAAACAGGAACUCCAGAUUGUCCAAGGCAGCCUGGAAACUUCUGCCCAGUCAGAGGCGAAGUGGGCAGCCCAGAUCGCUGAGCUGGAGAAGGAGCGGAGCAACUUGGCGCAUGCCGUGGCUCGUGGAGAGGAGGAAUUAUCGGCUCUUCAGGAACAGCUGGAACACACCCAGCGGGAACUGUCCAGUGCAAAGGAGUCAGCGUGCCAGCUCGCCAAGGACCAACGGAGAAUGCUGCUGGCGGAGUCAAGGAAGGCCGCGGAGCACGUGGUCCAGGAGGCCCUGCGGCAGCUGGAGGAGCCCACUCUGAUCAGCUGUGCCGGCUCUGCAGAUCACCUUCUCUCCAAGGUCAAGUCUGUUUCCAGCUGCCUCGAGCAACUGGAAGAAAGCUGGAGCCGCUAUCGGGUCUGCCCAGAAGAUAUCAGUGGGUUCCUCCAGGCGGUCACCCUCCUUGCCCACCUGACCAGUGACACCAUGGCUUACGUGAGCACCACCUGCCUUCGAGCCCCGCCGGAACCUGCCGAUGCGCUGACUGAGGCCUGCAAGCAGUUUGGCAAGGAAACCCUCCUCUAUCUGGCUUCCCUGGAGGAGGAAGGAACACGCGAGAAUGACGGUACCGCCGUGAAGAGCUACCUCAGCAAGAUCUCCGCCAUUGCCGAGGAGCUCCUGCCCAGAGGUCUGGACAUCAAACAGGAGGAGCUGGGGGACCUGGUGGACAAGGAGAUGGCUGCCACUUCAGCUGCCAUUGAAACUGCUACAGCCAGAAUCGAGGAGAUGCUCAGCAAAUCCCGAGCUGGAGACACAGGAGUCAAAUUGGAGGUGAACGAAAGGAUCCUUGGUUCCUGUACGAGCCUAAUGCAAGCUAUUCAGGUCCUGAUCGUGGCCUCGAAGGACCUCCAGAGGGAGAUAGUGGAGAGUGGCCGGGGCACGGCAUCACCUAAAGAGUUUUAUGCCAAGAAUUCUCGAUGGACGGAAGGACUCAUCUCAGCCUCCAAAGCCGUGGGCUGGGGAGCCACUGUCAUGGUGGAUGCAGCCGAUCUCGUGGUGCAAGGCAGAGGGAAGUUUGAGGAACUACUGGUGUGUUCGCAUGAAAUCGCAGCUAGCACAGCCCAGCUCGUGGCUGCCUCUAAGGUGAAAGCUGAUAAGGACAGCCCAAACCUGGCCCAGCUGCAGCAGGCCUCCCGGGGGGUGAACCAGGCCACCGCCACCGUUGUGGCCUCCACCAUUUCGGGCAAAUCACAGAUUGAGGAGACAGACAAUAUGGACUUCUCCAGCAUGACACUGACCCAGAUCAAACGCCAGGAGAUGGAUUCCCAGGUCCGGGUGCUGGAGCUGGAGAAUGACCUGCAGAAGGAGCGUCAAAAACUGGGAGAGCUUCGGAAAAAGCACUACGAGCUCGCUGGUGUUGCCGAGGGCUGGGAAGAAGGAACAGAAGCGUCUCCACCUGCAAUACAUGGAGCGGUCACUGGAAAAGAAUAGAGCCACGCCGACACCCCACACGUCCGAGUCCUUUUCUGUUUCACCAUCUGCACCAACUCGUGAGCGUCCGAGGGCUGGCGGGGCUCCAAGCCAGGACGCCGCCCUGAAUGUGUGCGGGGAGAAGAGCAGGGGCGUCCUGGCCGAGCGCGCCAAGGCACCUCCCCCCUCUCUUGGCAGCUCCAUGGAUUUCCCACUAUUUCUUACAGUGGCUGGUUGGGUUUGUUGUCCUUUUUUUUUGGUGUUCUUCUUUCAGUGUUCCCUCGUAGAGCCAACUCUCCCAGAGGGAGCACCCCUGGAGCUCUAGCCAUCGGGAGCCCCCUAACUACAGCAGUUAACAGCAAUGGUGCUGCUCAGGCUUCACCUUGGUGCUCCACGCCAGCCUCCGUGCUGAGUGUCCCGCUGAGCGAGUCUGGGUCAGCCGAGGCCACUCCCCAGGGGCGGGCACCGCUGCUGGGCCACGCGCUCCUCCAAAGGUGGAAGCAGAGCGAGAGCCUUUCCUUCCUAAAGCGAGAACCCGGCUGAAAGCCUCUGCCCACCUUCCUGGGUGACAGGGGUAAAGAAAGCGGGAAAGGAGGGGUGCACAUGGCCCAGGUCUCAGGAGACCCCUUUCUUGGGAACUUCUGGUAACCAGGCUGAAAAACCUUAUCACGUGCUUGAGUGUGCUGGUGAGAGUAGCCACACUUCUUCCCCCGGAAUGAAUUUUCCGUGCCACCUCCCUUCAGAGCCAGGUGGGACCCUGAGAGGGAGCACGUGAGGGCUUUUCCAAGUCCUCUCUCCACAUGGCCUCCCGGGCAUCCUCUUGAACCUGAAGAAGAUAAUUCCAUGUUCUACCUAAGGGACAUCCCCAGAAGAUCAGGCAAACUUGCUCCCAGCAGGAAAGAACCCUUUGCUUGGUUUGGUACCUUUAAUGUUUAUUACUAACCUCCGUUCGGCAGCCGUGGCAGCCUCCAGAAAGAUGCUUUGAGCAAUCAGGAUUUGAGGUGUGGCGAUGGCGGGGCUGCAUGGCUGCCCCAGGUCAUGAGUCUUCAAGAAUCAGACACCAGGCCAACAUGCUUCCUAAUCUGUUACCGGCCUAGACCCCGAGGCGAGCAGGUUCCUCAGAGCAUCUGGGUCAGGGAAACCAAGAAAAGGGGGACCCCUGGCUCUGAGCCCUCCAGCCACACGUCCCGGGCCCUCGUUGCCCGGACAGGAUGAGGACAGAGGGCGCAUUAACAGCUUCCGAGAGGCGGGCAGCCUGACAGCACUUGUCCACCUCCCGAGGGACAGACCCCAGCAUUUAAGUGACCUUCCGAUCUUGGACAGACAGUGUCUUUCUUCCUUAUGUAGCAACGCCUAGGUAGAAGCCAACAAGCACUUCCCAGGACCUGUCCCAAAGGAACACUGCGGAGCGUUGCUACUUGACAGGUGGCGAGGUUCCUGUUUGAUCACUGUGAAUCCACCCCCUCCUUCCCCACCACCCUCCCCUUCCCUCUCUGUGCAUUUUCUAAGUAGGGCACUCAAAAAACGCGAUCUCCACAUUGGGCUAAAGAGGGGUCCGCAGCAGCAGAUGCGCGGUCUUACGCUGAACACUUCUGUGCUCAGAAGGAGUGGCGUGUGGCGCCCCUGGCCCAGUUAUGCCAAUUAAGCCAUUCGGUGUGUUCUUAGAAUUGGUCAGCGUUUCCACCGCAGACUAGUCCUCACUUCCAGAAUCUCAGCCAAACUGUUGUGCUCCAAAUUCCCAGUGGUGAAAAAAAUCGAGUAUAUUGGACCACACUGGGAUUCUCUGAAUAACGCUCCCUCUAAAAAGAAGCCACAGUAAUUUUUAAAAACUUUGUGGACUUAGCCUGAGUAAUAAAACCGUGAAGAAAGCGAUUGAACAGGAACACAGGCUAAUCCCAUCUCGCACGAGAAGUAUCCGUCGGAUGUAGCGCGAUUUCGUUUGUCCUCACUCGCCUUCGGAGCUGGCCCAUCCUCUAGCCAAAAUCAAAUUGUCCUACCUUGGCUUUUCUAAAAAUGAGGGUGUUUAUACUUGGUGUGAAAUACUUGAUUCAAACAGGAAUGACAUCCUUAAGCUAAAAAUGAACCUCACAGCCUUUUCAAGUAGUCACUGAGCCUCACGAGUGACUGAAGUCCCAUGGGUCAGUGUCAUUGGGUCACAGCAAGGCAGAACAACAAAAGAAUGGCUUAGGACUGAAAUUAUUUAAUUUUUGUAAUACAGUUGCUCUAAUAUCUCUAGAGUAAGGGUAUGUGUGUACAUAGUAAGGAAAAAAAAUAGAAAAGACCUGCUUUUUGUGGGGUUCUUUUAUAUCUGAGUCAGGAGUUUAAAUUAGACUGGAAUUUAGGUUGCUGGCUGGUUCUGCCGCUGACAGCAGGAUCUCUAGGGUCCCACCUGCAUUAGAGUCCCUAAUCCAGUGGCUGGAAGAACCAAACAUUGUCCAGAACGUCCUUAACGUUGGAAGUGUUUGAGCUGCCAAGUCAACAUCAGGGUUAACCAGGUACCAUGGGGGUCACCGUACAUGUCGUUCAUCCUCAGACUGGUUUGCUUCGGCCUCUCACCGAGGAGGAGCUGGUCUGGAGCUUGCACACUCCUCGGCCAGCUCCUUCGUCUGGAGGGGUCUCCCGGCUCCACUUACCCCCGUCUUUAGCCACCGGUCAAGUUCUCGAUACUUUCUACCACCUUUGCAAGUCUCUGAAAAUCCUUCCUGCCAGUGAAAGCCUUCGAUCCUGGCAUUGGCCUUUCAACCAGACCGUCUCUGCCCCGUCUCCGUGCCGUCCUCGGUCCCCCGGAGACCGCGCUGUCUGUAGCCUAGACCACCGCAGGCCUGCCAGCCUUCACCGCAGCAAACCGGGCCAGCUGUCUGCUACUCACGUCCCCUUCGUCUCCCAGGGUCAGACCAAAUGCAGGAUCAGCACCCCACCGUGGUGGCACAGCCUCGCCCCCAGGAGCCAAAGCAACAGGAAAUCAUGGGUUAGAUGCCGUUGGGUCCUAUUCUGAGAGUAGCUCAUUUCCAGACAUGUCUUUCAGGUGACCCUCAACUACCUCAGUUUGAAGGCCCUAAAUGAAGCUGAUUACUACUCCUAGGGACAAACCAAGGGGGUUCCGAUAAAUCUUGCUGAUAACUUAUAACAAAGUCUCACAUUUAGGUUCGCAGGGAUAGGUUGGAUUUGUUUUUCUUCUGUUUUUAACCUCUUCCCCCAAUUUUCCAUUAGAAUAGUUUCUAGAAAUGAAUUUCAUUUUUCACCGAGUGCCUACCUUCCCAGGGCAGGUAGCUACUGGCUUAUUGUUCCCUUCCAACAAUACUUUUAUUAUGGUAUUAAGACCUUUCUUUGUAUAAUACGUUGCAUCUGUGUUUUCAAUUUUUCAAAUAAAUAUUUCAACCUGGCAA